GAAGGUGGAGAGAGAGAGAGAGAGAGAGAGAGAGAGAGAGAGGUUGUGAGCUGAACGAUAUGCGCGUCUCAUUUCCGUCCGCUGUGUUCCUCCGCCACUGUAACGAGAGCUGAGCGAGAGCGACGCGUAACGUUACUUUUUUACCGCUUUUAUCGGUUUACUGUCGGAUAAACGGAGCUGCACGCGCGCGCCCGCUCUCACUCACUCACUGGCUCUAGUUUGCGCGUGCACAAGGACCGGGGGAGCAGUAGGACGGAGGAGUGACGGCAGACAGACGCGUAUGUGUGAGUGAAGGAGGGAGGGAGAAAGAGAGAGAGAGUGAGGGAAGGGGAAAGAAGGAGAAGAAAAGAGAAAGAAGGAAAGAGAGAGGGAUGGUGGAUAACUCAAGCAGCAGCAGCAGAGCGCAAAUGGAGGGCAGUUUAGGGGGUGGUUACUCCCAGGGGGGUUCAGCAGGAGUGAAGCUGGAGGCUGUGAUGGAGCAACUGCAGAGGCAGCAGCAGGCGCGGCUGGAGAUGGAGCGUAAAGAACGGCGAAUCCGAGAAGCCCACAUCAUGUAUGCCCAGCAGGUGGCUGCCCAGCAGGCCAUUCUGGCGGCGGCCCGAGCUUCAGGUGUUGGUCUGGCCGGCAAGAUCCAGGGGCAAACCAAAAUGGAUUUGCAACGGGACAAUGGGGAAAGUCUGGGCCGGGACUCGGAUGAUGAUUCGGAUGAUGAUAACGAUGCUGCUGAUGAUGACAAUGAUGAGGAGAUGAUGGAUGGUGAUGAAGGCAGUGAUGAAGAGGAUGGGGCAGUUAGUGGGUUGGAGUUUUUGAGAAAGCAGACGUUGGCGCUGCAGCAGGGCGCUGUUCGGUUGCAGGGCCAUCCGUUUGGGAGCUACACCGGGACACCAAUGCCAGCACCAGCACCCAGGACCCAGAGAGAGCCAUCACCUCCGGUUAAGGUCAAACAGGAACCCGAAGAUGGGCUUUCUCCGGUGGGUCCGCGGUCAGCCACAUCCCCUAAUGGCCAGGCUGACUGGGGCUACGAAGAUAACUUCAAACAGAAUGGAGGUGGUGGAUGGGGCGAGGAGUCGGACAGCAGCAGAGCAAGAGGAGAGGCAUCCAGAGACUUUGCUAAGUUGUAUGAGCUGGACAGUGAUCCCAACAGAAAAGAGUUCCUGGACGAUCUCUUCACUUUCAUGCAGAAGAGAGGUACUCCAGUGAACCGGAUCCCCAUCAUGGCCAAGCAGGUGCUGGAUCUGUACAUGCUGUAUAAACUGGUGACUGAGAAAGGGGGUCUGGUGGAGGUCAUCAACAAGAAGAUCUGGAGAGAAAUCACGAAAGGCCUGAACCUGCCCACCUCCAUCACCAGCGCAGCCUUCACACUCCGCACACAGUAUAUGAAGUAUCUGUACCCGUAUGAAUGCGCUCGGAAGAGCCUGAGUUCGCCCAAUGAGCUGCAGGCCGCCAUCGACAGCAACCGCCGCGAGGGCCGCCGACCCAGCUACAGUAGCAGCGGCCUGUUCCGCUUUAGCCCCUCCCCCAGCGCCGCCGCGUCACACCUCCUCUCACCUCCCAAAAUGCACCUGGCUGCUUUGAGCUCUGGAGCAGCAGCUGUGGGGGCUCUGAACGGCCUGCAGGGCUCCCCGGGACCCUCCAUCAAAAAGGGGCUGGAAGAAGCCUCCCCCUCCCUGCUGGCAGCGCGAGCCCCCGCCAUGGCACUAGCUUUGGGUCCACAGCAGGUGGCAGGUCUGGCCCGGGCAGCUACUUUGGAGCAGCUGCGGGAGAAGCUGGAGACGGGCGUCGGGGCUGAGGGUCCGGAGAGGAAGAUGGCCCGUCUGGCUGAGGAGCAGCAGCGGCUGAUGCAGCAGGCCUUCCAACACAACCUGCUGGCCAUGGCCUCACAGAUGCCCAUGAACCUGAGACUGGGCAUGCCACCAAAGGAAGAAAAGCACGACCUGGCCAUGAGCAUUUCCUCCACCGGAGCUGCCAGCAUCAGCGUAUCUGUGGAGGUGAACGGUGUCCACUACUCAGGAACGCUGUUUGCUCAGAAGUCAGCAUCAGUUCCAGUGAGUGUAUCCACUCCAGUGAGUGUGUCUGCUCCCGUGAGUGUGCCCCACUCAGCUCCAGUUGUGGUUCCAAGCGCAGUCUUCAGCUUCCCCAGCCACAGCCCAUCCUCUUCCUCCUCCUCUAAGGGCCCGAGCUCAGCAGAGCCCUCCGCCAGCGGCUCACCAUAACACAGCCUGCUGCUGCUGCCCGGGCUCCAUCCUGCUCCAGGCCAGAACAAACCAGUCAUGGAUGUUUUGAAAAUCAAACUGUUGCACAACCAGUACCUCAUUUUUCUCCUGUCUGCCUCGGCUGUCUCAACAUGUUCAGAUAAUCAAUACACACACACACACACACACUUAAACAGAAUACUCAUAUAUAUGUACACACACACUCAGAAACGCACACACACGCAUCUAUACACUCACGCACACACAUUCUCACACAGUGCUAAGGAAAACGCUAAACACAAUCAUAAGAACAUUCAGCCAAAAUCAACUGACAGGUGUUCAUAACAGAACUUGAAGAUUUUUAUUUAGAGAAAAAAAGUGUUUGUUGCUAUUUGUUGUCUUCUGAUUUUUUUGGGUGUUUUUGUUUUUGAAUAUUUGAAUUAUUAUUUCUUUUCCUCUUGAGUUUUUUUUCUCUUUUUACAUACGUCAAAUCAAACAAUCCACAGCGAUUGAAUAUAUAUUACAAGAAUACCUUUACCUCAGGAGCUUGUUAGUAAAUACUUUAGCUGAAUGAAUUUUAUUUUUUAUAAUCUAUUUGAAUUUAUCUGAUUCAGGAAAAAGAGCGAUUGUUGCGUUCCUCGCCCGGGAAGAGACGUCGCUCACUUUUGUUGCUAUGCAUUCACUUUUUCCUCUGUGGGGCAAGUUGCCGCAAUGAUGAUGGGCUGUGAACACAUUCGGAAGAACGUAAUGGAGAAAUCUGAGAAAAGGAGAGGAUGUUCUGAUUACAUCUCCAGCUUGAGACAACUUGGACAAGUUGCAACUUGGACAAUCUGUUGGAUUUUUAUUUUAUUUUUAUUUUUUUCUUUCAAACUUCCAAUUUUUAUAAGCUGUUUGACCUCAUUGCCGAAUCAGAUCACUCAGGUUGAAGCCACCUUGUGCUGAGGAAGCUCUAAACGGCCUGGACUUCACAAUCACCUACCUCCAAAUACCUCAUACAUAUACAUAUACAUCCCCCUCUCCAUAUUCCAGUGUUGUACCCAGUGAUCUGCAUGUUUUAUUGGUUUCCCUUCUUUAACACGCCCCCUGCCACUCUAAAGACCUUAAAAGGGCAUGUUAAUGAACUUGUUGAUGAUUGGUUGAAUCAGGUGUGUAGGCAGAAGGGGAAUCAGUAAAUACACAGGGCAACGUGCUUUCAGUAAGGGUUUAGGAACACGGCCCUAGCCAAACCAAUGGCAGCUUUUGAAGUUUGUAGCAGUUCUGAUCUUGUUUAGUGUUGUCUCAUCAGAACCUCAGAAGUGAAUUCAGUAUUUCUGACCAACAGAUUAAUUUUAUUAACUGUUAUUACCAAGUUUAUAUUCAAAUUUGGACUGUACAAUUCCAUUCAUUUUAAUGAAAGCUGCUCCAGUUUCAGAUGUUUUUUUACCUCAGUAAACUUCUUUGGGGUAUUGGGUCUAUAGUUCAGGUUGGAUUUGGUCAAUUUCAGUUUUAUCAAACUAUCAUAGGGAUAUCAAAUCUCAAACCAAGUACUGCAACUCAAAUCUAAUCAUUUGUUGAGUGCAAGUCUCAUGAUAAGCUGUAUAAAAUAUCGCUGCUGUCCAGUAAAAAACAUAUAUCUCGAUCAUUUUACCUUUGUGGCUGCGCUGUACACUGUAGUUGAAUAGAAAGGCUAUAUAAUAACUUAGAAAUGCUGUUUAUUUUAUAUUGACUUCCAUUCAAAUUUAGAGAAAAAACAGCUUUCUCUUGUAAAGUCACCAUUUUGAAGGUAAAUAUUUAUUUCUUUGGACAGUGAUAUACAGCAGUUCCCACCCAAAGCACAAUGAAGACUAGACACAGUUUAACGCAGUUACCACUUUACCACAGCUGUUCAGUAGUCAUCAAGCAGUUAAAGCCCUUUCCUCUCCAACACACGGCUCAGAACCUAAAGACUGUGGCUUUAGAACCUCAACCAAAUAGAACAGCGACCAUAGAAAUCUUACCAAUUUCAAAGGAUUGAUUCCAAUGGAAUGAUGAGUUGAGUUGGCUUCAGGCCAUUCCACAUAUUGGAGUUUUGCUGUUUGAACAUGGCAGAAAUCCCUCGAGUCUCUCUACAACCCCCUCAAAGUGUAAGGGAUGCAAUUUAAUAUUUUAUUUGAGUUUAUUUUCAUUCUUUUUCUUUUCUUUUCUUUUUUUUGAGUUUGUGUAGUGCUAGUGUAUUGUACCAGAUCAGGGAGGGUAAAGUUUUAACAAUCUAUAACUGUAACAAAAACACCAUUUCAUACCUCAGCAACUUUUGCCUCUCGUGAUGGGAAGGCAGUUUUCUCAGGAAGUGACGUCAUUCAUUGGAGUCACAUGGUCAACAAAAUAAAAAAAUAUAAAUAUAUAUAUUAAUAUUAGUCAAGAGUAUGCACAGAAGGUUUUUUUUUUUCACCCAACAAAUACCUCAUUCUCUGUGAUGGAGAACUACACUACGUACCUCAUGCUGCCAUGCCACUGGGACACAGCCGGGAUGUAAUAAUCCGGCUUUCUGAGUCGGAAUUCCUGGAAUUUAAGGAUAAUUCGGGAAUGCGUGCUUGAUUGGAAUAUAUGGAAUUUAAAACUCAUUCUGGAUCGUUCUGGGUUUCUGGAUCGAAAUGUCUGUAACUUCAGCAGCAUUCCGGAUUGCUGAAUCGGAUUUACGUAACUGUAGCAUCGUUGCAGAUUUCUGGAUCGGAACUUUCACAUCAUUCUGAACUGCUGAAUUGUAUCUUUUAGACUCAUUUACAAAUUCCUCUCUGUCUCUCUUUUUCUGUCUUUUCUUCUUGCGUUGCCUUUCCUUCACAAACCUUCACCCAAACGACAAAGUAAUGUUGUGCAUUCGUACAAUCAUACUGUGAUUUGCAGCUAGAUACCAAAGAGCAGCUUAGCCUUUUCUGCCUGUAUUUCUCCAGUCUGUAUUGAAUCGUGUUCUGUAGGGGGAAUCCUUUAGAAAAUGAAGGCAUUUACUGGAGUCAGCAGAUGUUAAAUCCCCACAGGUCAGGCAUGCCUCAGUACUGGGAAUGUUCUGGUUUAGCAGACUGUUAAAGGUGCCCAAACACACACCACCAUGCAGUGUUCCCUCUCUAAACUCAGGAAGUGCAUUUUGCCAAACCUUACCUCCAUUUAAACUCCUUUAUAGGUUUAUCUGAAGCUAAAUCUAAAUACUAGCAUGCUUCUCUCCAUCCACUGGACCUGAAAGUGGACAUUUAUUAGUGAAAACGUGCAUUUAUUCUUGUUGUGUUUUUUUUUUGGAGACACAUUAAACGAUUAUAUAGGGUGCACAUGAGUUUAAUUGAUUCAGAUGUGUACACCAUUUCUCCAAACAUUAAUGAAUUAGGCAUUUAGCUACCUUAGGCACCUCCUAUUGCUGAGACAGAUGUGCAAAUGCACACACACAGCUCGUCUAGUUCCUGUAGAAGAGAAUUACUGGUUAUAGAAAUAGAAGCUUUGAGCAAUAACCUUUUGCCACCAUACCUAAUGCAGACUGUGAACACGCGUGUUCUCUGGAAUGAUGGUGCUCCAUCCAUUCAGUUCGUUUGGGCCAAAUUGUGGAGUUGUUGAUGAAGUCGGGUGCAGAUCAUCCAACAUCCCGGCCUCACUUAUGCUCUUUUGUCCCUGAAUGCAAUGAAAUCCUCACAGCAAUGUUUCAAAUUCUAGUAGAAAGCUUCCCUGUAUAGUCAUUAGGGACAAUUAGCAUGAACUUUCUGUAAGUUAGUGUACUUGUUUGCGUGUUCAAAACAAGCAAACAAGUUAGUAUUUUUAGCUUGUAUUGGAACAUUCUGCUAAAAUAAAGUCUAAAUUUGUAUGUCCUAGCCGCAAGCUAAUAUAUUAGCCUAAAGCUAACAUGCUCAAAUCACUUAAAUCACACUCAAAUCACUUGUGUUCUACAAAAUGUGGGUCAUUCAGAUGGAAAAUGUUCACAUUUGAAUCAAGUGAAUUCAAAAACUAAAACUAAACAUGAGGUAAAAUGGGAAGAAAAACAGCUCACUUCAGCUAAUGCUAAAUGUAGCUGCACAUGAUUAGCUUCAGAUUUUAUUUUAUUUUUUUUCCCUCUUAAUUUCUCCUUUUAAAAGAGCUUCCACACGGUCUCAGCUAGGUAUCAUGGGUAUAAUCAUCAUCAUCAUUAUUAUCAUCAUUAUCCUACAGCAGAGUAACCCAUGAGGAGGAGUAGGAAUAUGAGAAGAAUGAUGUUCAUGCCCUCAAUAAACGAUAAAUAUCUAUGAGUAGUUAAGCUCAUUUAAGCUUGAAACUAAAGGACGUUGUAGUCGCUGCCUUAAUCGCUGCUCAGGUUUCAGUUGAAUGUUGAAUAAGGUUCUUUUUAGAGCUCAAUCGUACUGACAAGCUACACUGAAUACAAUCAGCUUCAUGAACAGUUUCACACCUAUUUAUUUUAGUUGAUAGGGUUUUAUGCACAGGUUAAAUGGUUCACAGGCAACGUUCCUAUGUGGGGCUAAUAUGGGUGGUACAUGGGCUUGGGCUUGUGCUUUUGAGUAGGUUUGUACAUCAUUAAGCAGGUUUAAGACUAAUUUUAGACUGUUUUUUUUUUCUUU